CUCUCUCUCUCUCUCCCUCUCCCUGUCUGUCUGUCUGUCAGUCAUCAUAUACAGAAUGGAGUAUUACAUGGAUGAUCAGAAAUGGAGAUUGUCCAAGAAUGAUACUUACACUCACUCAUCAUGUUCAUCUUCAAAGCCGCCACCACUAAUGAGGAGUUUUUCCCAGAAAAAUCCUUCUUCUUCUUCUUCAUCUUCUUCCAAAAAUUCGCUGCCUCGGAGCUGUUCGCAGAGGAGUUCAGCCUCCAAAAGCUCAUCAAACAAGAGCAACUUCACCCGCAAGUGCACCAACUUGGCCAAGGAACAGAAGGCGAAGUUCUACAUUGUCAAGCGCUGCAUCGGCAUGCUUGUUCAUUGGAACAAGCAUGGAGAUUCUUAGAAACAACGCAGAUAGUUCAGCAGGAAUGAAGAGUCUUCUUCUUCUCCAACUUCUUUUGCUCUGAUCCCCAGAUGCAUUCUUUUUGCCAUUCCAUGGAGGACAACAAUAAGAUUAUUAUAUCAUCAUUAUAUGUUAUGCUCUUAUAUAUGUAUCUGAGAAUGGAAAUGUGGUUCCAAAACAGGGUGAUGAUAGAUGAUCACUGAGGGUGUUAGCAGCAACAGUGCAGAAAUGUAAUAUAUAUAUAUAUAUAUAUAUAUAUAUAUAUAUAUAGUUUGCAAUG